GCAGCGGACGGGGCGGCUUCCGGCGCCCGUUUCUCCCCCUCUGCCUCUUUCUCGGCGCUCCCUGCGGGUCCCGAGCGCGGCGCCAUGUCGGAGCCCGGCGGCGGCGGCGGCGGCGAGGACGGCUCGGCCGGCCUGGAGGUGUCGGCGGUGCAGAACGUGGCGGACGUGUCGGUGCUGCAGAAGCACCUGCGCAAGCUGGUGCCGCUGCUGUUGGAGGAUGGCGGCGAGGCGCCGGCCGCGCUCGAGGCUGCGCUGGAGGAGAAGAGCGCCCUGGAGCAGAUGCGCAAGUUCCUCUCGGACCCGCAGGUCCACACGGUCCUGGUGGAGCGGUCCACCCUCAAAGAGGAUGUUGGUGAUGAAGGAGAAGAAGAAAAAGAAUUCAUUUCUUAUAACAUCAACAUAGACAUUCAUUAUGGGAUUAAGUCCAAUAGCUUGGCAUUCAUUAAACGUACUCCGGUGAUCGAUGCUGACAAACCAGUGUCUUCUCAGCUGCGUGUCCUCACUCUCAGUGAGGACUCCCCGUAUGAAACUCUGCACUCCUUCAUUAGCAACGCGGUGGCUCCUUUUUUUAAGUCCUACAUCAGGGAGUCUGGCAAGGCAGACAGGGAUGGUGAUAAAAUGGCUCCCUCAGUUGAAAAAAAGAUUGCAGAACUUGAAAUGGGACUCCUUCACUUGCAGCAAAAUAUUGAAAUCCCAGAGAUCAGCCUGCCAAUUCAUCCAAUCAUUACAAAUGUUGCAAAACAGUGUUAUGAACGUGGAGAAAAGCCAAAAGUUACAGACUUUGGAGAUAAAGUGGAAGACCCAACUUUUCUCAAUCAGUUACAAUCUGGAGUUAACCGCUGGAUCCGAGAAAUUCAAAAAGUGACCAAACUUGAUCGAGAUCCUGCAUCAGGAACUGCCUUGCAGGAAAUCAGUUUUUGGCUAAACUUGGAACGAGCGUUAUACCGCAUUCAGGAGAAGCGAGAGAGCCCAGAAGUUCUCCUUACUCUGGAUAUCUUGAAACAUGGCAAGCGUUUCCAUGCCACAGUCAGUUUUGACACUGACACAGGUCUCAAACAGGCUCUGGAAACCGUGAAUGACUACAAUCCCCUGAUGAAAGACUUUCCUCUGAAUGAUUUGCUGUCUGCCACCGAACUGGACAAAAUAAGGCAGGCACUUGUUGCGAUUUUCACCCACUUGAGAAAGAUCCGAAACACAAAAUAUCCCAUUCAGAGGGCACUGCGCUUGGUGGAGGCAAUUUCAAGGGACUUGAGUUCUCAGUUACUCAAAGUAUUGGGAACUAGAAAAUUGAUGCAUGUUGCUUAUGAAGAAUUUGAAAAAGUUAUGGUGGCAUGCUUUGAAGUUUUUCAGACUUGGGAUGAUGAAUAUGAGAAACUUCAGGUGCUGCUGCGAGACAUCGUGAAAAGAAAGAGGGAGGAAAACCUGAAGAUGGUCUGGCGCAUCAACCCUGCGCACAGGAAGCUGCAGGCCCGCCUGGACCAGAUGAGGAAGUUUAGACGCCAGCACGAGCAGCUGAGGGCCGUUAUCGUCAGGGUCCUGCGGCCACAGGUCACAGCCGUUGCACAGCAGAAUCAAGGAGAGGUACCUGAACCCCAAGAUAUGAAAGUAGCUGAGGUUCUCUUUGAUGCUGCUGAUGCAAAUGCUAUUGAGGAAGUGAACCUUGCUUAUGAGAAUGUCAAAGAAGUAGAUGGACUAGAUGUUUCCAAAGAAGGCACGGAAGCAUGGGAGGCUGCAAUGAAGAGAUAUGAUGAAAGAAUUGAUAGAGUGGAAACCCGAAUCACUGCUCGCCUCCGAGAUCAGCUUGGUACAGCCAAGAAUGCUAACGAGAUGUUUAGGAUUUUCUCUAGGUUCAACGCUCUGUUUGUCAGGCCUCACAUUCGUGGUGCCAUUCGUGAGUAUCAAACCCAGCUAAUCCAGCGUGUAAAGGAUGAUAUUGAGUCUCUUCAUGACAAGUUCAAGGUUCAGUACCCACAGAGUCAGGCCUGUAAGAUGAGUCACGUCCGUGAUUUGCCUCCCGUGUCGGGGUCUAUCAUCUGGGCAAAACAGAUUGACAGACAGCUGACCGCCUACAUGAAACGGGUGGAGGACGUCCUUGGCAAGGGUUGGGAGAAUCACGUGGAAGGGCAGAAGUUGAAGCAGGACGGAGACAGUUUCCGCAUGAAGCUCAACACUCAAGAAAUAUUUGACGACUGGGCACGGAAGGUGCAACAGCGUAACCUUGGUGUCUCUGGGCGCAUUUUCACCAUUGAAAGCACUCGAGUUCGGGGUCGAAGUGGGAAUGUCCUUAAGCUAAAGGUUAACUUUCUUCCUGAGAUUAUCACACUUUCAAAAGAAGUUCGAAACCUCAAGUGGCUUGGUUUCCGAGUUCCACUGGCGAUUGUGAACAAGGCUCAUCAAGCAAACCAGCUCUACCCAUUUGCCAUCUCGCUGAUUGAAAGUGUCCGUACCUAUGAACGGACCUGUGAAAAAGUGGAGGAGCGCAACACCAUCUCACUUUUGGUGGCUGGUUUGAAAAAAGAAGUGCAGGCUUUAAUCGCAGAAGGCAUUGCAUUGGUGUGGGAGUCCUACAAACUUGAUCCAUAUGUGCAGCGCUUAGCAGAGACUGUCUUCAACUUCCAAGAAAAGGUGGAUGAUCUGCUGAUUAUUGAAGAAAAAAUAGACCUGGAAGUCCGUUCCUUGGAAACAUGUAUGUAUGAUCAUAAGACUUUUUCAGAGAUCCUGAACAGAGUCCAGAAGGCGGUGGAUGACUUAAAUCUACAUUCCUAUUCCAAUUUGCCCAUCUGGGUCAACAAACUUGAUAUGGAGAUUGAGAGGAUAUUGGGUGUUCGCCUACAAGCAGGUCUGAGAGCUUGGACACAGGUCCUUCUCGGGCAAGCUGAAGACAAGGCGGAAGUUGACAUGGAUACAGAUGCUCCCCAAGUGAGUCACAAGCCUGGCGGAGAGCCCAAGAUCAAAAAUGUUGUUCAUGAACUAAGGAUAACCAAUCAGGUAAUCUACCUGAAUCCACCAAUUGAAGAGUGCAGGUACAAGCUGUACCAGGAGAUGUUUGCUUGGAAGAUGGUCAUACUCUCCCUGCCCAGGAUCCAGAGCCAGAGGUACCAGGUGGGUGUACAUUACGAAUUGACCGAAGAGGAGAAAUUCUACCGGAACGCUCUGACACGGAUGCCCGAUGGCCCCGUGGCCCUGGAGGAGUCGUAUUCUGCGGUUAUGGGCAUCGUGACUGAAGUGGAGCAGUACGUCAAGGUUUGGCUUCAGUAUCAAUGUUUAUGGGAUAUGCAAGCGGAAAACAUCUAUAACAGACUUGGGGAGGAUCUGAACAAAUGGCAAGCUCUCUUGGUCCAAAUAAGGAAGGCCAGAGGAACUUUUGACAAUGCAGAAACCAAGAAAGAGUUUGGCCCCGUAGUUAUAGAUUAUGGAAAGGUGCAGUCCAAGGUGAACUUGAAGUAUGACUCGUGGCACAAGGAGGUUCUCAGCAAAUUUGGACAGAUGCUGGGAUCAAACAUGACCGAGUUCCACUCCCAGAUCUCAAAGUCUCGCCAAGAGCUCGAGCAGCACUCAGUGGACACGGCCAGCACCUCCGACGCAGUGACCUUCAUCACCUACGUGCAGUCCUUGAAGCGCAAGAUCAAGCAGUUUGAAAAACAAGUUGAGCUUUACCGCAAUGGUCAGCGCCUGCUGGAAAAGCAGAGGUUCCAGUUCCCACCCUCCUGGCUUUACAUCGACAACAUUGAGGGGGAGUGGGGGGCCUUCAACGACAUCAUGCGGCGCAAGGACUCGGCCAUCCAGCAGCAGGUGGCGAACCUGCAGAUGAAGAUCGUCCAGGAGGACCGGGCAGUGGAGAGCCGCACCACCGACCUGCUGACAGACUGGGAGAAGACCAAACCCGUCACGGGCAACCUUCGCCCGGAGGAGGCACUUCAGGCUCUUACCAUCUAUGAAGGGAAGUUCGGCAGGCUGAAGGAUGACAGAGAGAAGUGUGCCAAGGCCAAGGAAGCUUUGGAAUUGACCGACACGGGGCUUCUCAGUGGCAGUGAAGAGCGAGUACAGGUGGCCUUAGAAGAACUGCAGGACCUGAAAGGCGUUUGGUCAGAACUUUCUAAGGUCUGGGAGCAGAUUGAUCAGAUGAAGGAGCAGCCGUGGGUUUCUGUACAGCCUCGGAAGCUUCGACAAAAUUUAGAUGGCCUCUUGAACCAGCUGAAAAACUUCCCUGCGCGAUUGCGGCAGUAUGCGUCCUACGAGUUCGUCCAGAGGCUCCUGAAGGGCUACAUGAAGAUAAACAUGCUGGUGAUUGAACUGAAAUCCGAAGCGCUUAAAGACCGCCACUGGAAACAACUGAUGAAAAGGCUUCAUGUGAAUUGGGUGGUUUCUGAGCUAACUCUUGGCCAAAUCUGGGAUGUCGACUUGCAGAAAAAUGAAGCUGUCGUCAAGGAUGUACUGCUUGUGGCACAAGGGGAAAUGGCUUUGGAAGAAUUUUUGAAACAGAUAAGAGAGGUGUGGAAUACUUACGAAUUAGAUUUGGUUAACUAUCAGAACAAGUGUCGCUUGAUCCGUGGCUGGGAUGACCUCUUCAACAAGGUCAAGGAGCACAUCAACAGCGUCUCGGCCAUGAAGCUCUCUCCAUACUACAAGGUUUUCGAAGAGGAUGCGCUUAGCUGGGAAGACAAACUGAAUCGGAUCAUGGCUCUCUUUGACGUGUGGAUCGACGUGCAGAGGCGGUGGGUCUACCUGGAAGGCAUCUUCACCGGCAGUGCAGACAUCAAGCACCUGUUGCCUGUGGAAACCCAGAGGUUCCAGAGUAUCAGCACAGAGUUUUUGGCUCUAAUGAAGAAAGUCUCCAAGUCUCCUCUUGUGAUGGAUGUUCUGAAUAUCCAGGGGGUGCAGAGGUCUCUGGAAAGAUUGGCAGACCUGCUUGGAAAGAUCCAGAAAGCACUGGGAGAGUACCUGGAAAGGGAACGCUCAUCUUUCCCCAGAUUCUAUUUUGUGGGUGAUGAAGAUUUGCUUGAAAUCAUUGGAAACAGCAAGAAUGUAGCUAAGUUACAGAAACACUUCAAGAAGAUGUUUGCUGGCGUUUCGAGCAUCAUCCUGAACGAGGAUAACUCGGUCGUCUUAGGCAUUUCGUCCCGUGAAGGAGAGGAGGUGAUGUUUAAAACUCCUGUGUCAAUUACUGAGCAUCCCAAGAUCAAUGAGUGGCUCACACUGGUGGAAAAGGAGAUGAGGGUCACCCUGGCCAAACUUCUUGCUGAGUCUGUAACAGAAGUGGAGAUUUUUGGUAAAACAACUUCAAUUGAUCCAAAUACCUACAUCACUUGGAUUGAUAAAUACCAGGCCCAGCUUGUGGUUCUGUCCGCCCAGAUUGCCUGGUCGGAGAACGUGGAGUCUGCCCUGGGUGGUGUGAGUGGGGGCGGUGACGCUGCACCCCUGCACUCGGUGCUGAGCAACGUGGAAGCCACGCUCAACGUGCUGGCAGACUCCGUCCUGAUGGAGCAGCCCCCGCUGCGGCGGCGGAAACUGGAGCACUUGAUUACAGAGUUGGUUCACCAAAGGGAUGUCACAAGGUCCUUGAUCAAAAGCAAGAUCGACAACGCCAAAUCCUUUGAUUGGCUGAGCCAGAUGCGGUUUUACUUUGACCCUAAGCAAACGGAUGUGUUACAGCAGUUGUCAAUCCAAAUGGCAAAUGCCAAAUUUAACUAUGGCUUCGAGUACCUGGGUGUCCAGGACAAACUGGUGCAGACCCCCCUCACGGACCGCUGCUACUUGACCAUGACACAGGCCUUGGAGGCACGACUGGGGGGGUCACCGUUCGGACCUGCUGGUACUGGGAAAACAGAGUCCGUCAAAGCUCUUGGCCAUCAGCUCGGACGGUUUGUUUUGGUUUUCAACUGUGAUGAAACCUUUGACUUCCAGGCAAUGGGCCGCAUCUUUGUGGGGCUUUGCCAGGUGGGCGCAUGGGGCUGCUUCGACGAGUUCAACCGCCUGGAGGAGCGGAUGCUCUCGGCCGUGUCCCAGCAGGUGCAGUGCAUACAGGAGGCUCUGCGUGAGCACUCCAAUCCCAACUACGAUAAGACCUCUGCCCCCAUUACUUGUGAGCUGCUCAAUAAGCAAGUCAAGGUGAGCCCGGACAUGGCCAUCUUCAUCACCAUGAACCCUGGCUACGCAGGCAGGUCGAACCUUCCAGACAACCUGAAGAAGCUGUUCCGGAGCUUGGCUAUGACCAAGCCCGACCGGCAGCUGAUCGCCCAGGUCAUGCUGUACUCGCAGGGCUUCCGCACUGCCGAGGUUCUCGCCAACAAGAUCGUCCCGUUCUUCAAACUCUGUGAUGAGCAGCUGUCUUCUCAAAGCCACUAUGACUUUGGCCUUCGGGCUUUGAAGAGUGUGUUGGUGAGCGCAGGUAAUGUAAAGAGAGAGCGAAUUCAGAAGAUAAAGAGAGAGAAGGAAGAACGGGGAGAAGUGGUUGAUGAAGGAGAGAUUGCUGAAAACCUACCUGAACAAGAGAUUCUCAUACAGAGCGUCUGCGAGACGAUGGUGCCGAAGCUGGUGGCUGAAGACAUUCCGCUGCUCUUCAGUCUCUUGUCCGAUGUGUUCCCUGGAGUCCAGUAUCACCGGGGUGAAAUGACCGCACUCCGCGAAGAGCUGAAGAAAGUGUGUCAAGAAAUGUAUUUGACAUACGGUGAUGGAGAAGAAGUCGGCGGAAUGUGGGUUGAAAAGGUUCUCCAGCUCUAUCAGAUCACCCAGAUCAAUCACGGCCUGAUGAUGGUCGGGCCCUCAGGAAGUGGGAAGAGCAUGGCCUGGCGGGUUCUGCUUAAGGCCUUGGAGAGACUUGAGGGUGUGGAAGGGGUGGCCCACAUCAUCGACCCCAAGGCCAUCAGCAAAGACCACCUCUAUGGAACCCUGGACCCCAACACCCGGGAAUGGACAGACGGGCUUUUCACACAUGUUCUGAGAAAGAUCAUAGACAACGUCAGAGGUGAGCUGCAGAAGCGCCAGUGGAUUGUCUUUGACGGCGAUGUGGAUCCCGAGUGGGUUGAGAACUUGAACUCGGUUCUAGAUGACAACAAGCUCCUGACUCUGCCGAACGGAGAGCGCCUCAGCCUUCCACCCAACGUGCGGAUAAUGUUUGAGGUGCAGGACUUGAAGUAUGCGACCCUGGCCACGGUGUCCCGCUGCGGCAUGGUCUGGUUCAGCGAGGACGUGCUGAGCACGGACAUGAUCUUCAACAACUUCCUGGCCAGACUGCGCAGCAUCCCGCUGGACGAGGGGGAGGACGAGGCGCAGCGUCGGCGCAAGGGCAAAGAGGACGAGGGGGAAGAGGCCGCCUCCCCAAUGCUGCAGAUCCAAAGGGAUGCAGCGACCAUCAUGCAGCCCUAUUUCACGUCCAACGGCCUGGUCAUCAAGGCCCUCGAGCACGCGUUCAAGCUGGAGCACAUCAUGGACCUGACGCGCCUGCGCUGCCUGGGCUCUCUCUUCUCCAUGCUGCACCAGGCCUGCCGCAAUGUGGCGCAGUACAACGCCAACCACCCCGACUUCCCCAUGCAGAUUGAGCAGCUAGAGCGCUACAUCCAGCGCUACCUGGUUUAUGCCAUCCUCUGGUCCUUAUCUGGAGACAGUCGGCUGAAGAUGAGGGCGGAGCUGGGUGAAUAUAUCAGAAGGAUCACCACCGUGCCACUGCCGACCGCGCCCAACAUUCCCAUCAUUGAUUACGAAGUCUCCAUCAGUGGAGAGUGGUCCCCGUGGCAGUCGAAGGUGCCUCAGAUCGAGGUGGAGACACACAAGGUGGCGGCCCCCGAUGUCGUCGUGCCCACCCUGGACACCGUCCGCCACGAAGCCCUGCUGUACACCUGGCUGGCCGAGCACAAGCCUCUGGUUCUCUGCGGCCCCCCUGGGUCUGGCAAGACCAUGACUCUCUUCAGCGCCCUCAGGGCCCUGCCAGAUAUGGAGGUUGUGGGCCUAAACUUCUCGAGUGCUACCACGCCGGAGCUGCUGCUGAAAACCUUCGACCAUUACUGUGAGUACCGGCGCACGCCGAACGGGGUCGUCCUGGCCCCCGUGCAGCUUGGGAAGUGGCUGGUGCUGUUCUGUGACGAGAUCAACCUCCCGGACAUGGACAAGUAUGGGACGCAGAGGGUCAUAUCCUUCAUCCGGCAGAUGGUGGAGCAUGGAGGCUUCUACCGAACCUCAGAUCAAACAUGGGUGAAGCUGGAGAGAAUCCAGUUUGUUGGGGCGUGUAACCCGCCCACCGAUCCUGGGAGAAAGCCCCUCUCGCACAGGUUCCUGCGCCACGUGCCCGUGGUGUACGUGGAUUACCCGGGGCCUGCGUCCCUGACACAGAUCUAUGGCACCUUCAACCGCGCCAUGCUGCGGCUCAUCCCAUCCCUGCGGACCUACGCGGAGCCACUCACUGCCGCGAUGGUGGAGUUCUACACCAUGUCCCAGGAGAGGUUCACUCAGGACACGCAGCCCCACUAUAUCUACUCGCCGCGUGAGAUGACCCGCUGGGUCAGGGGGAUCUUCGAAGCCUUGAGGCCUCUGGAGACCCUGCCUGUCGAGGGGCUUAUCCGGAUCUGGGCCCACGAAGCCCUCCGCCUCUUCCAGGACAGGCUUGUGGAAGACGACGAGAGACGCUGGACUGACGAGAAUAUUGACAUGGUUGCACUGAAGCACUUUCCGAAUAUAGACAAGGAGAAGGCCAUGAGCCGGCCCAUCUUGUAUAGCAACUGGCUGUCGAAGGAUUACAUACCAGUAGACCAAGAAGAGUUGAGAGAUUAUGUCAAAGCCAGGUUGAAAGUCUUCUAUGAAGAAGAACUUGAUGUGCCUCUGGUCCUCUUCAAUGAAGUUUUAGACCAUGUGCUCAGGAUUGACCGAAUAUUCCGUCAGCCUCAGGGCCACUUGCUUCUGAUUGGCGUUAGUGGAGCAGGGAAAACCACACUGUCUCGUUUCGUUGCCUGGAUGAACGGUUUGAGUGUGUACCAGAUUAAGGUCCACAGGAAAUACACCGGGGAAGAUUUCGAUGAAGAUCUGCGGACAGUGUUGAGACGGUCUGGCUGUAAGAAUGAGAAGGUAGCAUUUAUAAUGGACGAGUCCAACGUCUUGGACUCGGGGUUCCUGGAGCGGAUGAACACCCUGCUGGCCAACGGGGAGGUUCCCGGCCUCUUCGAAGGAGACGAGUACGCCACCCUGAUGACCCAGUGUAAAGAGGGAGCGCAGAAAGAAGGCUUGAUGCUGGACUCCCACGAGGAGUUGUACAAGUGGUUCACCAGCCAGGUCAUUCGCAACCUCCACGUCGUCUUCACCAUGAACCCGUCCUCAGAGGGACUCAAGGACCGGGCAGCCACCUCGCCAGCGCUUUUCAACAGGUGUGUGCUGAACUGGUUUGGUGACUGGUCCACUGAAGCACUGUAUCAGGUUGGCAAAGAAUUCACGAGUAAGAUGGACCUGGAGAAGCCGAAUUACAUCGUGCCCGAUUACAUGCCAGUCGUGUACGACAAGCUACCGCAGCCACCUUCGCAUCGGGAAGCCAUUGUGAAUAGCUGCGUGUUUGUGCAUCAGACUCUGCACCAGGCCAAUGCUCGGCUCGCAAAACGAGGAGGCAGGACGAUGGCCAUCACGCCUCGCCACUACCUGGACUUCAUCAACCAUUACGCCAACCUGUUCCACGAGAAGAGGAGUGAGCUGGAGGAGCAGCAGAUGCACCUGAACGUCGGGCUCAGGAAAAUCAAAGAGACAGUUGACCAGGUAGAAGAGCUGCGUCGUGACUUGAGGAUAAAGAGCCAAGAGCUGGAAGUAAAAAAUGCUGCAGCUAAUGACAAGCUGAAAAAGAUGGUUAAAGAUCAACAAGAAGCUGAAAAGAAAAAGGUCAUGAGCCAAGAAAUCCAGGAGCAGCUGCACAAGCAGCAGGAAGUGAUUGCAGACAAGCAGAUGAGCGUCAAAGAAGACCUCGACAAGGUGGAGCCUGCGGUCAUCGAGGCCCAGAACGCCGUGAAGUCCAUCAAGAAGCAGCACCUGGUGGAGGUGCGGUCCAUGGCCAACCCGCCCGCCGCAGUGAAGCUGGCCCUGGAGUCCAUCUGUCUGCUCUUGGGGGAAAGUACCACGGACUGGAAGCAGAUCCGUUCCAUCAUCAUGAGAGAGAACUUUAUCCCAACCAUUGUAAACUUCUCUGCAGAGGAGAUCAGCGACGCCAUAAGAGAGAAGAUGAAGAAAAACUACAUGUCCAAUCCAAGUUACAAUUAUGAAAUUGUGAAUCGGGCCUCCCUGGCUUGCGGCCCCAUGGUGAAGUGGGCCAUUGCGCAGCUUAACUAUGCAGACAUGUUAAAGCGCGUGGAGCCCCUGCGUAACGAGCUGCAGAAGUUGGAAGAUGAUGCCAAGGACAACCAGCAGAAAGCCAACGAGGUGGAGCAGAUGAUCCGGGACCUGGAAGCCAGCAUCGCCCGCUACAAGGAGGAGUAUGCAGUCCUGAUAUCAGAGGCCCAGGCCAUCAAGGCGGACCUGGCUGCUGUUGAGGCCAAAGUAAACCGAAGCACUGCUCUUCUGAAGAGUUUGUCUGCCGAGCGUGAACGAUGGGAAAAAACGAGUGAGACGUUCAAAAACCAGAUGUCCACCAUUGCUGGGGACUGCCUCCUGUCGGCUGCGUUCAUCGCCUACGCGGGCUACUUCGACCAGCAGAUGCGCCAGAACUUGUUCACCACCUGGUCCCAUCACUUACAGCAAGCGAACAUCCAGUUCCGUACAGAUAUCGCGAGGACCGAGUAUCUUUCCAAUGCUGACGAGCGCCUGCGCUGGCAGGCCAGCUCCUUGCCUGCAGAUGACCUGUGCACCGAGAACGCCAUCAUGCUGAAACGGUUCAACAGGUACCCGCUGAUAAUCGACCCCUCUGGACAAGCCACGGAAUUCAUCAUGAACGAAUACAAGGACCGCAAGAUCACACGCACCAGCUUUCUGGAUGAUGCCUUCAGGAAGAAUUUAGAGAGUGCGCUGAGAUUUGGUAACCCUCUUCUUGUCCAGGAUGUGGAAAGCUACGACCCCGUUCUGAACCCAGUAUUGAAUCGUGAAGUUCGGCGCACGGGAGGGAGAGUGCUGAUCACCCUCGGGGACCAGGAUAUAGACUUGUCACCAUCGUUUGUCAUCUUCCUGUCCACCAGAGAUCCAACCGUUGAGUUCCCUCCAGACCUCUGUUCCCGAGUCACUUUCGUGAACUUCACAGUCACCCGUAGCAGUUUACAAAGCCAGUGUCUCAAUGAAGUGCUUAAAGCUGAAAGACCUGACGUGGAUGAAAAACGCUCCGAUCUUCUUAAGCUUCAAGGGGAGUUCCAGCUACGUUUACGUCAGCUAGAAAAAUCUCUGCUGCAAGCUCUGAACGAGGUGAAAGGGCGUAUUCUGGAUGAUGACACCAUCAUCACGACCCUGGAGAACCUCAAGAGGGAGGCCGCCGAGGUGACGAGGAAGGUGGAGGAGACGGACAUCGUCAUGCAGGAGGUGGAGACGGUGUCGCAGCGGUACCUCCCGCUCUCCACCGCCUGCAGCAGCAUCUACUUUACCAUGGAGUCUCUGAAGCAGAUCCACUUUCUGUACCAGUACUCGCUGCAGUUCUUCCUGGACAUUUACCACAACGUCCUGUACGAGAACCCGAACCUGAAGGGCGUCACGGACCACACGCAGCGCCUCUCCGUCAUCACCAAGGACCUCUUCCAGGUGGCGUUUAACCGGGUAGCGAGAGGCAUGCUGCACCAGGACCACAUCACCCUUGCCAUGCUGCUGGCCAGGAUCAGGCUGAAGGGCACCGUCGGGGAGCCCACAUACGAUGCCGAGUUCCAGCACUUCCUGAGAGGAAAGGAGAUUGUCCUGAGUGCCGGCUCCACCCCCAAGAUCCAGGGCCUGACUGCGGAGCAGGCCGAGGCGGUGGUGAGGCUGAGCUGCCUUCCCGCAUUCAAAGAUCUGAUCGCCAAGGUUCAGGCAGAUGAGCAAUUUGGCAUCUGGCUAGACAGCAGCUCCCCAGAACAGACCGUGCCUUACCUCUGGAAUGAAGACACCCCUGCAACGCCCAUCGGGCAGGCUGUCCACCGCCUGCUCCUGAUCCAGGCUUUCCGGCCCGACCGCCUCUUGGCCAUGGCCCACACAUUUGUCUCCACAAACCUCGGGGAGUCCUUCAUGUCCAUCAUGGAGCAGCCGCUGGACCUGACCCACAUCGUGGACACGGAGGUGAAGCCAAACACUCCUGUCCUGAUGUGCUCAGUGCCUGGCUAUGACGCUAGCGGACACGUGGAAGACCUCGCGGCCGAACAGAACACACAGAUCACCUCAAUUGCGAUUGGCUCAGCAGAAGGUUUCAAUCAAGCAGAUAAGGCAAUAAAUACAGCUGUGAAGUCAGGCAGGUGGGUGAUGCUGAAGAACGUGCACCUGGCUCCCGGGUGGCUGAUGCAGCUGGAAAAGAAACUGCAUUCACUGCAGCCGCAUGCUUGCUUCAGGCUCUUUCUUACCAUGGAGAUCAAUCCCAAGGUGCCUGUGAACCUGCUCCGAGCCGGCCGCAUCUUCGUGUUUGAGCCGCCCCCGGGGGUGAAGGCCAACAUGCUGCGGACCUUCAGCAGCAUCCCCGUCUCACGGAUAUGCAAGUCUCCCAACGAGCGCGCUCGCUUGUAUUUCCUGCUGGCCUGGUUCCAUGCCAUCAUCCAGGAGCGCCUCAGAUACGCUCCGCUGGGGUGGUCAAAGAAAUAUGAAUUUGGGGAGUCAGACCUGCGGUCGGCCUGUGACACAGUGGACACCUGGCUGGAUGACACGGCCAAGGGAAGGCAGAACAUCUCGCCAGAUAAGAUCCCCUGGUCUGCGCUGAAGACCUUGAUGGCGCAGUCCAUUUACGGCGGGCGCGUGGACAACGAGUUUGACCAGCGUUUGCUCAACACCUUCCUGGAGCGUCUGUUCACGACAAAGAGUUUCGAUAGUGAAUUUAAGCUGGCCUGCAAGGUCGACGGGCACAAAGACAUCCAGAUGCCCGACGGCAUCAGGCGGGAGGAGUUCGUGCAGUGGGUGGAGCUGCUCCCUGACGCGCAGACGCCCUCCUGGCUGGGCCUGCCCAACAACGCCGAGAGGGUCCUCCUCACCACCCAGGGCGUGGACAUGAUCAGCAAGAUGCUGAAGAUGCAGAUGCUGGAGGACGAGGACGACCUGGCCUAUGCGGAGACCGAGAAGAAGACCCGGACGGACGCCACGGCGGACGGACGCCCCGCCUGGAUGCGGACGCUGCACACCACCGCCUCCAACUGGCUGCACCUGAUCCCCCCGACGCUGAGCCCCCUGAAGCGCACCGUGGAGAACAUCAAGGAUCCUUUGUUCAGAUUCUUUGAGAGAGAGGUGAAGAUGGGCGCUAAAUUACUUCAAGAUGUUCGCCAGGAUCUUGCCGAUGUUGUUCAAGUGUGUGAAGGAAAGAAGAAACAGACCAACUAUUUGCGCACCCUCAUAAACGAGCUGGUGAAAGGGAUCCUGCCCCGGAGCUGGUCCCACUACACGGUGCCCGCCGGCAUGACCGUCAUCCAGUGGGUGUCUGACUUCAGUGAGAGGGUCCAGCAGCUGCAGAACAUCUCCCUGGCAGCCGCAUCGGGUGGUGCCAAAGAACUCAAGAACAUCCAUGUGUGCCUGGGCGGCCUGUUUGUGCCCGAGGCCUACAUCACCGCCACCAGGCAGUACGUCGCCCAGGCCAACAGCUGGUCCCUGGAGGAGCUCUGCCUGGAGGUCAGCGUCACCACCGCUCAGGGGGCUGCCCUCGACGCCUGCAGCUUCGGGGUCACGGGUCUGAAGCUCCAGGGGGCCACGUGCAGUAACAACAAGCUCUCGCUCUCCAACGCCAUCUCGACCUUCCUGCCCCUGACGCAGCUUCGCUGGGUCAAGCAGACCAACACGGAGAAAAAGGCGAGCGUGGUGACCUUACCCGUUUACCUGAACUUCACCCGGGCCGACCUUAUCUUCACGGUAGACUUUGAAAUCGCCACGAAGGAGGAUCCGCGCAGCUUCUAUGAGCGUGGCGUGGCAGUCUUGUGCACAGAGUAAAACUAACAUUUUCUAGCGUCCCCUUUCUGUAAUAGUACAAUCCAUUAUUUAACAUUUAUUCGUUAUUGAAGUAUUUGGAAGGCAUGGACUUGUGGAAAGUAGGCUGUUGGUUUGAGGCUGGAAGAGACGGAAUGGAAUCUGGCAGCUGGAGUGGUGGCAUUGACAAGGUGAAAGACUGUGGUUUUAGAGGGUUUCUAGCAUGGCUUGUUUUAUGAAAUAAAACACUAAGCAUGCGCCGG